AUGAAACUGGAGAAUCUCAACUUCACACUUCCCGAGGGGACAACAAACCAUGGCAACCCUCAUCUGCUUUGCUUUCCAACGAGAUGGAACGACAUCGCGGUUUUCAUACUAGGAAACUAUGUUGCUCACGCAACAACUGUCAAAACGCCGCCCGCAAGCUCACCCAUUGCAACCGCAUGGUUCAUGUUAGGAUCGCUCCUUGUGCCGUCAACAGGUCUCGCCUUUGGCAUGCUGGCUAUUUAUCAAGCUCGGAAGGGCUUCAAACAGUCUAGUUUACGAAAAGCCACUCUAGCACGCGCGCUCUGCAUGUACGUGAGGGCUGAUGACUGGUACAUCAGGUCGUGCUCCAGCAGCCAGACUGUACAGGUUAAAGCGACGGUGAACACCUCUCCCUUUCAGGAGAAUCGACUAACUAUCUGGCGUCUAUUCCAUGCGGUCUCCAGGCAAGGAAGCUCAGUCAUGUGGUCACUGCCGGCCUUGUUUCGCUUGUAUGUUAGUCUCUCGUUUGACCUGACAGCCCGCCAUUUGUUUUGCAUGAUGCAAGCAAUAGGGAAUAGCCAUAGACAACAGUCCGAGCGAAUACAGCCCGUUUCUGAAGAUGUAUUGUCUUCGGACAGGUAUGUUCAAGAACACGUCUAUCUGCCCGAUCUUUUGCUCAUCAUUUCAUCGGCAAGUACUGUUGUUGGGCAAAGCGGAAGCCAGCAGCCGAUUGAAACCGCCGUCAUUUACACCACGCAGGCUGUCUUGCCGUCCUUAUCCGCCGACCCGGGCCCCCUUCGCGAGAAGAUCCUUGACAACAGCCGCGUGCCCGUUUUCAGCAGCUAA